AUGACGGAUGUGGCGUGCAUGGUCUACUCCGGCCUCGGUGGGGUCAUCAUGGUAUGCCUUCUCGGUGUCGUUACUCUAGGCUUCUUUAUCUCUACGUACUACUACCGACGUGAGUGCCUGCGGACGGAAAAGCGACCACCCCGAGUGGUCUGCUUCGACCUACUCAAGAUGGUCACGGCCGGGUUUGUAGCCUCUUUGGCCAACUACACGUUCACCGCAAAAGUGACGUGGGCGGCGGGCGGCAUUACAGUCCGCAACAAGCCACUCGAGGGAAUCGGCUGGUAUGGUGCUAUCUCUGUCGUCGAUGUCCUCAUCGGCACCCCACUGUCAAUAGCUAUCGGACGCCUCAUCAAUCGGACUUGUCAACUCCUGGAGAAGCAGAUGCGUACGCCAUCCCCAUUGAAAGUCACGAUUCACCAGAACACUAUUUAUGGCAAGUACAGUGACGAACACGAUUCCACUUGUGAUUACCGCGAUUUCGUGCCGCCUGUGAGGUGGGUCUGGUGGUACUCUCAGACGGUCACCUGGACGUGGGCGUGUGUGCUUGGCGAAACGAUCUCGGGCCUGAUUGUUCUGUAUAGCUUUCUUCUUGUCAAAUCAGUAUGGAAUCCGGUGGCCUGGAUUGCUGUCAUGAUUUCGUUCUGGAACGUCAACUGUCUCUUGAAGCAGUACGUGGUGGUGCUGUUUGGUCGCACUAUUCUGUCCUAUCUGCGCCUUGCACUGAUCGACUUUUUUAACAAGUACACGCAGCGCACGCCUGCCUGGCCGCCGCCCUAG